AUUUAGUAAUAAUUUAUUGCUUCAGGAUUUCUUGUACUUCCAGCUCUUCUGUUUCAGAAAUACAUUAUUUGCAUUAAACAAAUUUCAAGGUUUUUGGUCGGAUUGGAGACUUCGAGUUAACGGAGAGACGUAAAGUUAUCACAAUCAUUGUCAACAGCACGAUGUAAGGUUUUUCUUUCUUAAUAAAUUUAUCUCUCCAUUUGUACAAUAAAUACAUUUUUAUUUAAAAUAACAACAAACCCUUCCAUAAGAUUUCAUUAGUGUUUUGAUAUUCAGCUUUGUCUUUAACUUCAGCCUUCAGUAGUCAUUUAAAGUACUCUUUUCCUAGUUAGUAGUCUAGUCUACUAGUAGUGGUACUUUACUUUUACACUUACACUUUGCAGUUUGCUCUUUGUUGUAAUUUUAUUGGUAGCUAAGUUAAAGUAUGUAAUUGAAUAAUUUGUAAUGUAAUUAAUAAUCGUCACUGCCAUAUUAAUAUAAUGGUAAAAGUGCAGUUGACAAUAUUAACUGUAUUGAGUAUUGUAAAUAAUCUUAUCAGUCAUUAUCAUUGUUUUUUUUUACCCUUUUUUAAAGUUAAAGUAUAACUCUUUAAUAUAACUUAUAGGGGCCCUAAUACUUAGUAGGGGGUGGUUUAUUUUUGUUAUAUGUAUAUAUAUAUGGCAUGGGAUGGGGGUGGUCUAGUUUAGAGCAAUCAAUAACUGAGCAAGCAAUUUAAUAUAAUAUAAAUUAUAAAUUUAAUUUAUAUUAACAAUUCAAAUUCAUUAUUUUUUUUGUAAAAUUUUUAUAUUCUUAUUUUUUGCAAAAUUAUUUAAUAAUUAGCCUUGAUUAUUAAAAACUAAAAUUUAUUUCUUACUUACAAAAAAUAGAUUUUUAUCUUUUUGAUUUGCCUGAAAUUUGCUUGUUUUGGCUAUGGACUUUUCUAUCACUUGUUUGGAGGGGUGGGAGAGGCUAGAGAUUUAUAUAUUAGAGGGAUGGGGGUCAAUGGAAAUGUUAUUUAAUACUUAUGUCAUAUGGGGUAGGGCUGGGUAAAAAAUAAAAAAUGUCAUAUGUUUGUGUCAUAUAAUAUGUGCACGGGGCCCUAAUGAGUAAUGGCUGUGGCUAUUCGGACCCAGGUAUGGGAAGUGAGAGGUUUGGUUUAUAAAGUUAUUAAAAAUUUGGUAUCAAAUGAAAGAUGAUAAAAACAAGAAGUCAGUACAGGAGCUCCUCAUUCCUGCCAAAGACAAUUAGGGACUGGAACAAGCUUCCAAAAGCAACAGUUGAGGCGGCUACACUUGACACAUUUGUGUCUAUUGGCUCCUGUCUUUCAACCCCCAGUUCAUAACACCACUGCUGAGCAGCCAUUGCAACCAGUGAAAUAUCCCCUUGAAAACCAUGCACAGUAACAUCGCGAACCCCUCUCAAACAAUGGAGCCAGAAUGAUCAAUUCAUUGGUCCUGGGCCCUCAAAAUAAAGAAAAAGAAGAAGAUAAUUGACUGGACCAUAUUUUUGUAAACUUACUUCUUCAGUUUAACUAAAAUAAACUUCCAUAAAUGACAUCCGAAUAGGAUUUAAAGGGACCUGGGUACACAUAGCUGCUAUUUUAAAAUAAAUUGCUUUCAAAUCUGUUUAACAAAUUUCAUUGUGAGGGUAACUAAAUUUUUGACAAUUAUGUGACAGUAAUGAUGUCCAAUGUCUGCCAAAAUAGCGUGAAGACAUUUAUGGGUGGCCCCUUACUCUAUAUAAUUCACCAUAAAUGUGUUAAGUUCCAUGAUUCUAGUCAGGUUGCCCAAAAGAAGGUUAAAACAAUUUGCUUUGAGAUCUAAAGAUGAAGCUUUUAAAAGUCUUCUAAUGGAAUGAGGAUUGUAAGCCUACUUAAUUUAAAAUGCUAAUUCAAUUAAUAAAUGAAAGUAUGCAAUUUAAUUUUGUAAAUUAAUCUUUGCUUCUUUAUCAUGGACAGGUCUGAAUACUGGAAAUCGGUUCCAAGAAAGUUUUGUGACUUUUGCAAAUGUUGGAUCACUGAUAAUAAACCGGUAAGUCCAAAAACUUCCUUCUAAAAUCAACUGUUUAUUUUAAGAAACGUUCUUCAAUUUAUUGAAUGUCUGAUUAAAAUGUAAAUUUUUUAAAAUUAAUAAUUUUUAUAAAGUGAAAUUGCUGGCAUCCAUCCGUCACAAUGUGACGAUGGUGUGAACUUCACAGAACGAAUUCUGGAAUGGGAUUAUUCUUCUAGGAAUUAAAGCUGGUUCCCCUCUCCACUCCGCUGGAUAAAACCAAGGGAACAUCAUGUGGAUGAUAUAGCAUGGCACCUGUAGCGUCGCAGGAGUUGAUGGAUUGAUUCAUUGUUCCAAUGUUAUCCCCCUACGGGACUCCAUCUCCGGGUUUGAAUUCAGAGUUUCGUUCUCUUAGAUGAGUUGCCAUCCAAGGUUAACCGGGGUGCUGGUGAUGUUUUUGCUUGACUGGGCUUUGAACUCCAGACCAUCAACUUGAGAUUUGCUCAGUUUUGACCCCUCAGCCACCCAAUUAUAAUUAUGGCAUAAACAUAAAUGUAUGUUUUUGAAUAAACUAAACUAUUUAUUUCUUUAAUCAGAACUAAAAUUAGAUUAUUAAGAAGAAUUAUGUCUAAGAAUUCUUUAGAAUAUUUUCCCCAACCUCUUUGCAUAGUUCAAGGAAAAUAAUAAAUGCAUUUUGUUGUUUUGAAAAUACAAAAAAAAAAAUAAUAAUAAAUUUAAUAACUUAUUUCAUUUUAGAGUGUUGAAUUUCAUGAAAGAGGAAAACGACAUCAAGAAAAUGUGGAGCUCAGGCUCAAGGAGGUAGGGCUACUAUUUUAAAAUGGAAAAUUAAUCUUCUGGAUCACUAUAACUCAUAUUUAAAAAAUGAAAUACCCCUUUUUCCACUGCUAACAUAAAGCAAGAAUAAAUUCAUAAUAAUUUCAUUCUAACAUUUAAUCAAAGUCACUUCCCUGAAUAAUAAAACAUUUUUGUUUAAAGUGAAACCUGUUUUUUAAUUUCCAUUUAGGUUUAGUGGAGGUGCUAUUUCAUCAAUAACUUAAUUUAAUCUAAUUUUAUAAAGGAUUGAUCAAAAUUUUAAUUUAAAAAAUUAAACCAAAAUGUAUUAUAUUUAAAUGAAGUCUUCAUAAAUUAAACUUCAAUUAAAGCAUUUGAAAUCCUGAUUUUUUAAACUGGGUACAAAAAGGAAGUGACAGCAAUGACAUACAAAUAGAAAACCAAAAGGUGAACUAAAAUAUAGCUUUCAUUCUCAUUAAUUACUUUUAAGGUCAAUAAUAGUAUCAUAUUGUACCAAAGGUUCGUAAAAAAAGUCUCCAGAACUCGAUGACAGAAGAUCAGAUGAAGAAAGAUAUGGAAAAAAUGGAAAAGGUAAACAAUAAAAACUUAUGAGCCUUAUACCCUUCCUGGGGUAAGAUAUUCUAACAAUAGAUUAAGUAUAUUAAACAAAUUAUUGCUCUCGAUUAUUUUUUAAUGAGAUAUAAAAUUGUAGAUUUAUUUUGAUUUUAUAUUAGUUAACUCUAUUUAUCUUCUCAUAGAUCUUGCAUUUAUCUUAACAUAGAUCUCUUAGUCUUAUGUCUUCCCAUUUUUUUGAUGGUCUUCUACAGGCAGCAUUGGAAGCAUUCAAGAAAGAUUUGAAAGAAAAUCCUGAGCUUGCUGCAAAGUAUGGCAUUUCAUUAGAGCCAAAACCUCACUCUAGCAGUAAGAUGAAUGAUUUUUAUAAAUGCAAAGACAAAAAGAAUGCAUAUUUUUUUAUUAAGUGAAAUUAGUGUUUACAAAUUAAAAUUUAUAUAUGAUUUUCCAGGUAAAACUUUUGAGGAGGAAAAAAAUAACGAAAAGGGACAAAAAGAAGUCACUGUGAAAGAAUGGUUCGAAGCUGUAUCACCAGAGGGUCAUCAUUAUUACUGGAAUACCGCGACAGGAGGUAUUCAUUUAAGAUAAUAUUUUUAACCUGCAACUCAUAUACCAGUGAAUAAGUAUAUAUAUUCUUCAAUCUUUGACAUCGACCACCAAUAUACUUCUGCUGUUUACUAAAUGUCAUGGUAAAUAAUGAUAGAGGCAUAAAUUAGUAUUUGUUAUCGAUGGUAUAAAUUAAAAUUUCUUUGGAGUAAAAUAGAUGGCUGGUAUUUAACUGUGUGGGUAUAUGUUUAAAAUUAUAAAGAUUAAAAAAAAUUAAAAACUCACAGAGGACAUCCUUAUUCCUUACUAUGAAGCAAAUAUUCCUAACAGAAACUUUUUGUGAUCAGAAUCAAUAUGGGAGCCUCCAGAUGAUUACUUGUCAUUAGCCGAGCAAGAAGCACUCAAAACAAGUUCUAAAGAGGAAUCUUCUGACUUACAUGACACCAUCAAGGAUAGACAUGACACCAUCAAGGAUAGUGAACCCGUAAGUGGAUUAGGGAUUUUUUUUGUAACAAUAGGAGUUGAAGAGCAUUAUGAUUCUCAUGCUCAUUAAGACAGUUUUUUUCAAAGAAAAGUUUUGCUAAAUUUUUAAGAUAAUGUGUGUAAUGUUUUAUUUUAUUGUGCUCUAGAUGAGUAAACUUCUAACCAAUUAAAAAAACAAACAAUUUCAUCUUUCAUUUGUUUUCAUAAUCUGAUACAUUUAAUUAAUUAUAUUUACUAAUUAGAAACUAAAACAUUAUGACUUUUUUUUCUCCAUAAGGUCCCAGAAUCAAAGGAAGACAUUACAUUAACUACAAGAGUUGAUCCUAGCCACAGCCGGUCUGCGUAUGGGUCAUGGAGUGUUGUUAAAGAAGCUGAGUGAGUAAAGUAAAGCUUAAAGUACAAAUAUUUCUAAAAUUAACUUUAAAAAAUAGGAAAAAAGUACAUAUUCCUUGAAAUUGCUUUAUAUUUUCAUUUGAACAGGAGUGAACUAGAGUUUUGUUAUGAAAGUGAUGAGACUAGUCAGAGAAAUAUCAUCAGAUGGCGAAAUUUUUAUAAAGAAAAUAGUUACAUCCUUGGAAAUAUUUCAGCACCCUUCAUUUAAACAUAUCUUCAUACAUCAUCAAAAUAUCCAUUAUUGUACCAUUUCAAUUUAUUGAUUUAAAGAUGCAUAUAUAUGAAUAUAUCAUGCCUCCAUUUUAUCUACACAUCCUAUAAAGUUCUAUUUUUUCCACAGAGUAAGGCAACAGUAAUGAUUUUUUUUAAUAUUAAAAAAAUAAAAUAAAAUCAACUAUGUUUGUCAUCUUCAGGCAGCCACAUGUUUAUGAUGAGACCAGUGCACCUCCUUCAUUGGAUGACAUUCCUCUACCACAGCAUGCCACUGACGAAGCAAAUACUGCCCCCAAAAAGCCAAGAUUUAAAGAAAAAACUGUCUCAUCCCUGGCCUCAAAUACUGGAGAAGUUGUUGCAUUCAAAAAGAGAAAAAUUGCAGCAGGUGCUAGAAAUGUCAGGCAUAAAAUUGGGGAUGAAUAGUGUUGAGAUUUUUAGGCGAUUUUAAAAUGUGAAAAGUUACAUUUUCUACAAUUAGUGUAAAAAAAUCAAUGACAGUGGUAUUUGGUCACAGAAAUAAUUGUGUUUACUACCUGUCAGCUAUAAACUGUAGAGCAUCAAUCUUCACAAUUUGUGUUGCUCUGUCUUUUGACAAGGCAGUAGUGUCCACUUUUCUGGUAUCUUUUCAAGCUUUUCAAGCACAGCUUGGACAUUUUAAUUCAGGCAAGAAAUUCUGACCAGGAAAGCUUGAAAGGAACAUUUGUAUUUUUUAUUGCCUGCAAUGCAGUAAGGUCACAAAAGAAUAUAAACAAUUUUGGGGUUAAAUAUAUUUAAUAUGAAAUGACUCUGAUGAUAUUUUACUCCUAAUCAUAGUGUUUAUAUGGAACACGUUUUAAAGUGAGAUCCCAUUUGGAAUGAAAAUCAUCUUGUACAUGGAAAAAGGCUUGUGUUUAAGUUUAAUAAAAAAAAAAUAUAUCUAUCUGUAAAAAUUAUAAAUGGUUAGCCAGGAAGUAAUCAAAAGAUGUAACUUAAUUUGGACAACUUGUGUUGUCAGGUUUUUGGAAACUAUACUUUAAAAGAGCUAGAAGACAUUGAUUUUGAAACAGAAGUAUAUGCAAAAUAAAAAUAAAAAACAACUUUUUAUUGUUGUCAAAUAUUUUAAUGAAAACAAAAGUACUUUAUACAUAUUUUAUUUACACAAUAAUUAAAAUUAUAAAUCAUGAUGGUGGUACAUUUUUCAAUUCUUGAUGCUAUUCUUAUUUUAUAGUAUUAUACACAAUUCCACACUUGGCAAGAUAAUCUG